AUGCAAAUUAUAUUUAUUAUGUUUAUUUUAUAUAUUGUAUGCUCUAGCCAAAUUACCGAGAUAUUUUAUAGAGAUAACAAAUGUACAGAAGGAAAUGAACAUAAGUUUUUUAUUUAUUUGGAAGAAGAGUUCAUGCAAAAUAGUACACAUGUAAUUCAGGUUAAAGAAGAACAACAUAUUAUAAAAGAACUCGAUAAAUGUACUUUGGAUUUCAAUGGUGGAAGCAUAUUGUCAAAAGGAUAUGUCAAUAAAAAGAUAAAUAAAAAAAUGUGUGGAAUUAAUAUCUACAAUGGUAAUGCAUGUGAUGAGUUAAAAAAAAAAAUAGUUAUUUAUUUAGAUAGUAUGUGCAUCAAAAAUAAAGGUGGUUAUGGUAUGGUUUUAUGCAAUGAAAAACAAACAUUAUUCUAUGAUUGUGCUGAUGAAUUUUGUAAAAACUGUGAAAUUAUUCAAACUGAAGUUCAUAAAAAAAAAUGUGAAAAAACUGAACUUGGUUACACAAAUUAUUUUUCAAAUUAA